AUGGCACCAACACCCCGCACCUCUCCCUCGGCGUCGCCUACGCCCUCAUCCCAGCGCCGCUCCAAGGUCUCCGCGCUGAAGAAGGCGACGUCCCCCAAGGCGAAACCUGCGCCGACGCCGCCAGCAGCGUCCAGCCCAAGCCCCAAGGCCAUCCCGUCGCGCCCGCCGCGCUCGUCACUCCGCGCGAGCACCAUCGUGCCGCUGACGCGCGCGUCCAUCGUGUCCCUCACGCCGUCGGAGCGCUCUAUCGAGUCCGACGACCCGUUCUCCUACGACAGCCGCACCAAGCGCCGCUCGUCCACCAUCGCCUCCAAGGCUGCACCUUCCCGCGCGAACCGCUCCCCGCGCUCCUCGGCGCUGCGGCACACCACGAGCGCGACCAGCCACAACUCGCACGGGUCAAGCAUCUCGUUCGAUCUCAACAGCUCUACGCUCGGGCUCAUCACGCACGCCGAGCCGCCGAGCCUCUCCCACGGCCACUCGGACUCGGCCGAUUCCGGCACCUCCUCCGACCGCCCCGUUACCCCGCCCGAACCCAUCAGCCGCGACCUCUCCACGCCGUCAAUCUACGACCCCGAGUUUGUCAAGCACGCCCGCACCGACUCGGGCCUGCCGAAGCACGUGCGCACGGACUCGGACCUGCCCAAGCUCGCGCGCGAGGACGGGAGCCACCAUGCGCGGACCGACUCGGACACGUCCAAGCCGCUGCUGCCCCCCAAGGCGGCCUACACAGCCGACAAAGUGCGCCGCAAGCCUGUUCCGUCUGGCGCGCCGACGCCCGCCCUCGCAGACCUCGUAAGCGCAAGCGACGACGCGCUCGAGCAUCUCGAGCUCGAGCUCGCGCUCGACGGCUCGCGCAGGCCCAACCGCCCGCGUGUAGUCAGCGUAGGCAGCAUGGACGCGCUCAGCAUGUACUCUGACGUCGCGCACCGCAUGAGCGUGCUCCCCGGCGAAGUCGUGCCGGGGAGUGGCGGCGCGGACGUGGCGCCAAUGUACGUGCUGGCGGUGGAUCCGCCGCUGCGGACCGGCACGCCGCAGCUGGCGGAGCAGGCCGCGGCGGCAGUAGCGGCGGCGUCGGCGCCGCGCACCCGCCAGCGCAGCGACACGGUCACGACCACGCCCGGAGCCGGCGGCCGCUCGCGCUCGGGCACGGGCAUGUCGUCGGCGCGGUACGAGCUCGCGCGCAACCUCCAGCACCCGGACACGAUCAGCAUGUACUCGGCCGUGCAAGGGCGCACUGGCACGCCCCGCGCGAGCAUGGAGACGGCGGCGACGGCGACCGCGCGGGGCAUCAGCGCGACACAGACCGACGAGGUCAAGUAUGCGCCGCGCGAGGAGCCGUACACGCUGGCCAGUAGGCUGUGGGUCUGGGGAUGGCUGUUCCCCCCGCUGUGGCUUUUCGGCUGGAUGAUCAUCUGCAUCCCCCUCACGGUGCAGUCCUCGCCAAGCGACAUGGAAAAGGCGCCCGGGCUCGACGACAUGGUGGCGAUCGUGCGGCAGACCGAGCUCAAGUACGCCCGCCGGUGUCGUAACGCGUUCAUCGGGUUCGUUAUCCUCGGCGCGCUCGUCGCCGUCGCCGUCGUGCUCGGCGUCAUGCUGGGCGGGGGCAAGCACUAG